UGCGGGAGCUUUUCAUUACAAGAUCCCUUUCUAUGACACUAUGGAGCUCUUCAUAGAGACCCUGACAGGGACCUGUUUUGAGUUGCGUGUGUUGCCCUUCGAGGCUGUCAUUUCAGUCAAGGCAAAGAUCCAGAGGCUAGAAGGUAUAAAGCUCAGUAAUGUUUGGUUUGCAUGCCAUCGUUUGCAUGUUGUUAAGGAAUUUCUCCAUAUUUAAUUGUAUUGCAUUUUAUGGAUACCUCCUUUGGAAUACUACAUAUUAUUUGCAUACUGUCAUACUAUUAGUUUGACCAUUUUGUUUGGUCUGUUCAGUCUCCUGAGAUGUGCUUUGUAUACAGUUACUCUCAAAGUUAUAUUUUUAUGUUUGAGCUGUUGACCUGGAUCAGAGCUGCUUAAGUUGAAUGUAAGGUAAAAAAAGAAUAAAUAGAAAGGUCAUUGUUACCUUCAAAUUUAGAGCACUUUGAGACUUACUGUCAGUAAUCACCUUGGUCGCUGUUGAGUAGGGCUGUUUUUAUUUGAAAUUUAAACUGUUCUCUAUUGGCAGAAAUUAAAUAUUCCAUCUGCAAUGGUCUGUCCUAAUUUUAAAUUCAGUGUUUAAGCAAAACAGGCCAUUCUUUGUACUCCUGCAGUGGGCUUGGAAAAAUGAUCGUCACUCUGACCCAUCGCAUGCGUUGCUUUUGUUGUUCUCUUAAUUCAUACAAAAUGGAGGAAGCUGUUGAGGCAUGAUGAAUCACACCACUGAACCGUCCCAGAAGUAAAUUGUGGCUGUACUUUGGAUUCAACUCACAGAACGGGAACAGUCAAGCAGCUGCCUGAGAAUAUAAUUACCACAGCAAAUCUGUGGACUCACCUUUUGGCUUGGCUCCAAAAUAAGACACUGGAGAAAUCUGCAAAAUCCAUCCUGCGGUUUAGUUUAGUGGGUAUCCCUGUUGCCCAGCAACAUCUUAUCUGGAACAAUCUGGAGCUGGACGAUGAACACUGUCUACAUGACUAUGGAAUUGCAGAGGGCUGCACUUUGAAACUGGUCUUAGCUAUGAGGGGAGGGCCAAUUAACACCAGGAGAGUAACCAUGGAGGAUCCUAUCAAAGAGGUGGCUGACCUGAUGGAGAGCACAAAGGAGGAGGGUUGGGAGAAAAGCGUGGCCAACAAGCAGGUCACAUUUGUGGUCUAUCGUGAGGGUGACCAGCUAAACUUCUUCCGAGUGGUCGACAGGGGAGAUGGUACCCUGACCCCCCUGUCUGAGUCUCUGAGUGGUGGCUCAGUGUACAAUGUGUACACAGAGGAGGAGGAGGAUGGAGAGACUUCUGCAGCUGCACAGCAGAGCCUUGAGAACUCCAUCACCAUGAACAAAAUGAAGCUGCUCAAAGCCAAGAUGGAGGACAUGAACCUCAACAAGAAACCGAAGAAGGCAGCGAAGGUAAAACCGUGGCCCCCUGUCAGCCCACAUCCCUGCGGUGUCUCGCUAGGGCCCUCCAGCACACGACACCAUCAUCGCCUCUUUCGUUCGCUCCCCCCAAUCAACCAGCCUCGGCAGUCAAAUGCACAACUACCUCCAAUCACUGACCAAGAAACCAUAGACCGCUCCCCGCCCUCUGCUGCUGCAGCCUCUGCCCACUUGUCCAUCCCUAGACGACCACCCCCCUCUUUCUCCUCACCUUCUUGUUAUAUGCUUCAGGAGGAGGAGCCAUGGGAGACGUGCCCACCAUUUGCAAAAAUACGGCCCCCUCCUAAAGUUUCCCGGUUGGACAUUGGCAGCACCAGGUUGAUGAGGGACUGUGUGUACCCACAGCUUCCUCCACUGUGUACCAGGGGGCCACCUGAAGCUACCUUUGACUCAGCUGAACCUGCAGGGGAGGCAGUUGGGCUGGGUUUGUUGGAGGAAGCUACUGGACUGGUGGCACCAACACCCCCUGGAGCUCCAUUUGGGGAGUUGUCCGACCCUCUGAGUCUGGAUGUGUCCACCCAGCCAGAGGGAGGUCGACGGUCCCUCGAGGUUGGGGCUCAGCACCAGCUGCCCCUCUCUCCCUCACCACUUAGUACCUGGACACUUGGGACAAGUGACACUCUCACCAGCAGAGCUGAUAGGACACAGCUUGGCUCAUCUUUUCAUAUCAGUCCUCCCUCUCCAUUACCCGCCUCUGCGUCACCUUCCACUUCUACCAGACUGCUGCCUCAGCAUUUUGGUUCUACUCUCUGCUGUUUACAGCCCAACCUUCAAGCACAAUCCUCCGCACAAGUGAAGCCAGGCAACACAGCCCCUCAUUCCUCCACCACCUCAUCAGCUCAACCGCCACGCCUUCAUGGUGUUAAAGUGGAGUCACCUGGCAAGAGGCCAGAGCUUAUCUCAAAGAGGGAAGCAAGAGACAUCACUAAGUUGGCUAACCAAGCCUAUAAGGAGCCACUGGGGCCUCUGAACAACUCUGAGCUCUUGGCUUCUCUCUCCACAAGGGCUCCAGAUAACAGCUGCAGCAGCAGCAGGGGUGGCCUCGGAGAGAGUCUGGGACUUGCACUUGCUUUGCCUCCUGCCACUGCCACUGCCUCAGGACAGGGCAGCCACGGCUCCAGGCUGCCAUCCAUCCCAGCUAACAGGCUCCUUCAGGACGACCUUCUAAGACAAAUGUCACCAUUGCACCGAGCAGCCUCUUACAUGGCCACCAACACUCUUGCGUCAGCUGGGGGAGUCAUGACCUCAUUCGGGAGAAUAGGGGCUCCAACUUACCACCUACCUCCAGUCAAGGCUCCCACAGGCAGCAAGAAGAAGAGCUCAAAGCACUGCUUCCUCUGUGGCAAGAAGACUGGCCUGGCCACCAGCUACGAGUGCAGGUGUGGUCACAACUUCUGUGCCACUCACCGCUACGCAGAGACACAUGACUGCACCUAUGAUUACAAGAGUGCUGGACGGCGAUUUUUGCAAGAGACCAACCCUCUUAUCAGUGCUCCCAAGCUGCCUAAGAUCUAGACCCCUCAACCCUCGCCUGUCACAAGGGACGGCCUAAAGAACCGCAGGUUAAACUGACUGAACUGAAGAGAUUUUUCGCAGAGUCAUUUCUAGCAGAAAGAAGGCACUUAUUCACCACUGUGUGCUUUUUUUAUCAGCCAAGUUUGCUUAAAAAAUUUUAAUUAAAUGCUCUGUAAAGCCAAGUGUGAACAAACAAGAGUUGACUGAAAUGGCACAGAACUAAUUAUCACCUCUUGACAAUGUGAAAAUGUUUAUCCUCUUUAUCUGUUACCUUGUUCUUUUUCCACUGUGUAAAAACAAAACAAAACAAAAAAACCUGUGCAUGUAUGUAGGUAGUUUUUGCUAAAUAUAUCUGCUGCACGUUCAGACAUAUCUAUUUUUAGUUUUGUAAGCCUUUUUUUAAAACAAAAAAAAAAUAGGACCACUGAUGACUUUUCAUUCGACAAGUCUUUGACAGAUGCACUUUAGAAUGAUCAUAUUUAUACGUUUGACUUUCCUUAUUGUGACGGGGAAGGAUACUUACAUUUCCGUGUUUGUCUUAUGAAGUGAUUAAGUUGUUGUCAUCAAGAUUUUUAUAUACUGCACCUCUAAACGUCUUUCUUACACAGGCACAUACAUACCGACGUCACUAAUGAAAUCUUACUUAAAAGAAAACAAUACACCCUCUGACCGAUGAUAUACUUAAUAUUUAUUAAUGAAUUCUACUUAUUUAAAUUCAAGGUUGGUUUUAAAAUAGCAAGUAUGCAAUGUGUGUAGGUGUGAAUGUCAGUUGUAAUCCAUAUGCCUAUCAAGUACACUGUAUUAGGAUUGGGGGUGUGGUUAUGGUAUUUAAGAUGUGUCUACAGUACGGUGGUUGCCAUAAAAAAAAAAAUCUUUUGUAAGUUUUUUUAUUGCUCAGCUGUUGCAAAAACUUUAAAUGCUGUUAAAGUAUCUACAGGGGUUUGAUCUAAUAAAGUUUCUUCUAAGCAUUUAGA